UGUAACGCUCCGGUAGAAGCCCUGCGAUUGGCUGAACUAAACUAGUUCCUUCCCCAAUAACCCCCAGUAUUUGGGGGGUUGGUUCAGUAAAGUGUACACAAAUUUAAUCAAUUAUUAAUUUACGCCGUUAUCAACCAGAAAUCGACCGUUUAGAGACAUCAUAUCAACUUUAUCCUAACGGAAUUUGAAAAUGUAUGCGACGUGCUUGUUGGUGGAUUACUGAAAUCGUCGGUGGAAGAAAGACCAAAAGAAAAAACAACAACUCAAAGAGAUUUGAGUCUGGAGUGAGGAAAGAUUUUUGAACUCUAAGCUUUCAGAAGAUGUGUGUUUCAGCAAAAAGAUUCAUAAUGUGUGAAAUAUUCAGAAGAAAGUGGGUUAAACAUGAAGAAAGUUGAAACAAGUUAAUGAAUCUUCUUCGUAUCCUGAUGCAUCUCCCCUAACAAGACGUACAAGGAUGCUACACCAUCAUUGUAGAAGGAACCCCGAGCUGCAAGAAGAACUACAAAUUCAGGCCGCUGUAGCAGCAGGGGAUGUUCACACGGUGCGCAAGAUGUUGGAGCAGGGGUACUCUCCCAACGGCCGAGAUGCCAAUGGUUGGACCCUACUUCACUUCUCCGCUGCACGAGGGAAAGAGCGAUGUGUCCGGGUAUUUCUGGAACAUGGAGCUGAUCCUACAGUGAAAGACUUAAUUGGAGGCUUCACCGCACUGCAUUAUGCUGCCAUGCACGGCCGGGCACGGAUUGCACGUUUGAUGUUGGAAUCCGAGUACCGAAGUGACAUUAUUAAUGCCAAAAGCAAUGACGGUUGGACUCCCCUUCAUGUUGCAGCCCACUACGGAAGAGACUCGUUUGUCAGGCUCCUGCUGGAGUUCAAGGCCGAGGUCGAUCCGCUUAGUGAUAAAGGCACUACGCCGCUUCAGCUGGCCAUUAUCAGGGAACGCUCCAGCUGUGUGAAAAUCCUCCUGGACCACAACGCCAACAUCGAUAUCCAGAAUGGCUUUCUGCUGCGCUAUGCCGUGAUCAAAGGCAACCACUCGUACUGCCGCAUGUUUCUCCAACGAGGUGCAGACACAAAUCUUGGCCGUUUAGAAGAUGGCCAGACACCCUUGCACUUAUCUGCUCUCAAAGAUGACGUUCUUUGUGCUCAGAUGUUGUACACCUAUGGGGCAGACACUAAUACCCGAAAUUAUGAGGGACAGACCCCACUUGCUGUGUCUGUGAGUAUAUCAGGUGCAACCCGGCCAUGUCUGGAUUUUCUACAGGAAGUCACAAGGCAGCCGAGAAAUUUACAGGACCUGUGCCGGAUAAAAAUUCGACAGUGUAUAGGUCUUCAGAAUUUAAAACUGCUCGAGGACUUGCCAAUUGCCAAGGUCAUGAAAGACUUUCUAAAACACAAGUUUGACAACAUCUGAUUCCUGCAAGCUGCACCGACAAAGGAACACUGCAUCUGUAGGAGAACGUUAUCUUUGAUGUGAUGUAUAUCCUAUGCAAUUUCUGAUUUUUAAUUCAGAGCUCGGGUAUACUGUUUUUAUGUCAAAUAUUGUAGGUCUUGCUCUUUUUUUUUUUUUUUAAUCCAAGUUUUA